AUGCCGCCGAAGAAGACUCAGAAGCCCGCCCAGGAGAACAUCUCCCUGGGCCCCCAGAUUCGUGAAGGCGAGCUUGUUUUCGGCGUCGCCCGUAUCUUCGCCUCGUUCAACGAUACCUUCGUGCACGUCACCGAUCUGAGCGGCCGCGAAACCAUCUGCCGUGUCACUGGCGGUAUGAAGGUCAAGGCUGAUCGCGACGAGUCCUCCCCGUACGCCGCUAUGCUGGCUGCUCAGGAUGUUGCGGCUCGGUGCAAGGAGCUGGGCAUCACUGCCCUCCACAUCAAGAUCCGUGCCACUGGAGGCAACGGCACCAAGACUCCUGGCCCCGGUGCCCAGUCGGCACUCCGCGCCUUGGCUCGGUCUGGCAUGAAGAUUGGCCGUAUCGAGGAUGUGACGCCGACGCCGUCUGACUCCACUCGUCGCAAGGGUGGUCGCCGUGGUCGUCGUCUGUGA